GAUAUAUUUUUUUUUCCUAUUUACUUUUUUUAUCCUAUUUUAUAUAUUUUUCAUAUUAAUUAUAUUUUCUUUAUAUAUUAUUUUAUUCUUAUUAAAUAUUUUUUUAUUAUUAUAUAUAUAUUUCCUAUUAUAUAGCUUUUUCCUAUUUUAUAUUUAUUUCCUAUUCCAUAUUUUUUACUUAUUAUAUGUUUUUUACAAUUCUAUAUUUAUUUUUUAUUAAUUAUUUUU